GGGAGUUGAGCUCACAGACUGAGCCCCACACCGAUCUCCUCUCCGCUCUCUUCGCCUCGCUCUCGUGGCCUGUCCACCCCAUCCAUCAUCCCGCCGGCCACCACUAAGAGCACCUUCCACCAUGGCCACCUCAGCAAGUUCCCACCUGAACAAAAGCAUCAAGCAAAUGUACAUGUCCCUGCCUCAGGGUGAGAAAGUCCAGGCCAUGUAUAUCUGGGUUGAUGGGACCGGCGAAGGGCUGCGCUGCAAGACCCGCACCCUGGACUGCGAGCCCAAGUGUGUAGAAGAAUUACCCGAGUGGAAUUUCGAUGGCUCUAGUACCUUUCAGUCUGAGGGCUCCAACAGUGACAUGUGUCUCAGGCCGGUCGCCAUGUUCCGGGACCCCUUUCGCAAAGAGCCCAACAAGUUGGUGUUUUGUGAAGUUUUCAAGUACAACCGGAAGCCUGCAGAGACCAAUCUAAGACACACCUGUAAACGGAUAAUGGACAUGGUGAGCAACCAGCACCCCUGGUUUGGAAUGGAGCAGGAAUAUACUCUCAUGGGAACAGACAGACACCCCUUUGGUUGGCCUUCCAAUGGCUUCCCUGGGCCCCAAGGUCCAUACUACUGUGGUGUGGGAGCAGACAAAGCCUAUGGCAGGGACAUCGUGGAGGCUCACUACCGGGCCUGCUUGUAUGCUGGAGUCAAGAUUACAGGAACAAAUGCCGAGGUCAUGCCUGCCCAGUGGGAAUUCCAAAUAGGACCCUGUGAAGGAAUCCGCAUGGGAGAUCAUCUCUGGGUGGCCCGUUUCAUCUUGCAUCGUGUAUGUGAAGACUUCGGGGUGAUAGCAACCUUUGAUCCCAAGCCCAUCCCUGGGAACUGGAACGGUACCGGCUGCCAUACCAACUUUAGCACCAAGGCCAUGCGGGAGGAGAACAGUCUGAAGUACAUCGAGGAGGCCAUUGAGAAACUAAGCAAGCGGCACCAGUACCACAUUCGCGCCUACGAUCCCAAGGGGGGCCUGGACAAUGCCCGGCGCCUGACUGGAUUCCAUGAAACCUCCAACAUCAACGACUUUUCUGCUGGCGUUGACAACCGCAGUGCCAGCAUCCGCAUUCCCCGGACUUUCGGCCAGGAGAAGAGGGGCUACUUUGAAGACCGUCGCCCUUCUGCCAAUUGUGACCCCUUUGCUGUGACAGAGGCCAUCGUCCGCACUUGCCUUCUCAACGAGACUGGCAAUGAGCCGUUCCAAUACAAGAACUAAGUGGACUAGGCUUUGAGUGAUGCUGAGCCCUUCCUAAUCAUCCCACUCCAACUCUUUCCUGUCCCAGCUCCGCCCCCACUGUAACUCAAAGGAUGGAAUAUCAAGGUCUUUUUAUUCCUCAUGCCCAGUUAAUCUUGCUUUCAUUGGUCAGAAUAGAGGGGUCAAGUUCUUAAUCUCUCCAGACCCAACCCUCAUCUUUUUUUUCUAUCUAGCUUUUUAGUAGGGGG